GACACUUUAUAACAGGACGUCAGCGCUGGGAUCAAUCUAGUUAGAGGAGGACUUUACAGGAAGGAGGAGAUCCGCUGUUGGACUCUAUCAGGAGGAAAACUUGCAUCGCUUCUUGCUUUUUGCUUCUUUUCUGGGAUACGAGCCUCUCGCCUAUAAUCUGAGAAGAUGCUGAUCCUGCUGCUGGGAAUCGUCUUCCUGCACAUUGCUGCUCUUGUUCUCCUGUUUGUCUCAACAAUCGUCAGUGUAUGGACAACAGCAGAAGAUGGCACCGCAGACCUCUGGAAAAACUGUACGUUGGACGCUAUGGGAUACGUCUGCAGCGGAGCAUCAACUGGAGAGUGGAUUCAGGCCGUCCAGGCUGUCAUGAUCCUCUCCAUCAUCUUCAGCUGCCUGUCUCUCUUCCUCUUCUUCUGCCAGCUCUUCACUUUGCAGAAGGGCGGAAGAUUCUUCCUCACCGGAGCUUUCCAGAUCAUUGCCAGUCUGUUCGUGAUGAGCGGCGCCAUCAUCUACACGGUAAUGAGUCCGGGUUGGGUGCCGAAGGAUAACACGUUCGGCUACUCCUACAUCCUGGCGUGGGUGGCCUUCCCUCUGGCCCUCAUCAGCGGACUCAUCUACGUCAUCUUAAGGAAGCGAGAAUGAACCGCCCCUCCAUCCCAGUGCUCCCAGUAACCCUAUGAAGAUCCCUUCUGAAGUUGAAGUUGUGAAGCCAAUAUCAAAGAAGUAACACCAAAGAAAACCCAAUUCAGAAUACCAAUACUGUCUGUUUAAAGAUGUAUAUAGUAUCUAUGGUUAAAACCUAUUUAUAACACUUUUUACAUGUAUGUACAUAGUUUUUGUGUUGCUCUGUUGAUACUAUGAGCUUUGUUUUAGCUGAAAAAUGCCUGUCUUUGUUUAUAAGUAUGAUAUUAUAAAAAGCUGUUUUAUUUUGCCAUUUGGUUUGCAUAACUGCCAAAAAUUUAGAGUAAGCAAAAAAACUUGUCAUAUUAACUAUAUGCAUGUUUAGAAAUAUGAGAGACUAAUUAUAGAGUUAACAUCUUAGAGUGUAGCAUAGCUUUUUCUGUUUCCCAGUUUGCAAGUCAUUUAGUGUUUUUUUUUAUUUUUUUUCUUGUUUUAAACGAAAAUAUGGUGCUAUAUAAUUAUCAUUCCUUUUACUGAUAGCAAUUAUACAAAACGCAGUUAUUUUGUUUGUAUUCAGUUUGAAAUUAUUCUAGAAAAAUGAAAGAGAGGAACACUUUGCAGUGCCUGAAUUUUAUUUAUUUUCAUUUUUUUGCCAGCAUCCCUUAGUACUCAUCAGUUACUGUAAAUGGUAGAUGUUUAAGAUUGAGGGUAAAAGUCACCCGGAGGCCAACACUGACGUAUUGCUUUGCAAGUAACAAAUCACAGAGAAUUAUAUUCAUUUUAAACCUUGUUUGCUUUCAGUUGGAUGUUUUUAGACAGCUUUUUUUAAGUAUGAGGAAGCCAAAAAGCCUCAAAAGAAAUAUUUUAUAGAAAAUAACAAAUGAGGGCUUUGUCUCCUGCAGAAAACAAAACAAACCAAAGAAAAUGUUGAAGGAAUAUUUGAAGUAUAAUCCCUAUAUUUGAGGAAAUAGAGCUGCAGUGAUGAUAUAACUGUUAGUCUGUUGCAGCAGUUUCUUCUGUCAGGAUGUAAAGGUUUUGCUUUCUACACUAUAAACAUUUUUUUGUGUGUUGUGCAUACAUCUACGUAUGACUGUAGCUUAAAAUCUCCCCUCAAUCAUGCACCUCUCCAUAUAUAUUAUCUGGUACUGUGUUCUCCACCGUUAGAAGGGACAGACUUCCAGUUCAGUGGUGUCUCAUCUUUAGCCUCUUUGCGGACGACAGCAAGUCGUUGUUUAUAUGCUUUAAGAUCUCUCUCCUGCGUGCACGCAGGCUUAGUCCACUGCAACACUCGUCUGCUUAUGCUUGUGGUUACAAAUACUGAACGUGACGGGCGUCACCUGCACUGGGGCCAAGGCACAGCGAAAUGCCAGUUACUCAGAACAUGCAGCUCAUGUUUCAGUGUGGAUGUCUCCCAGGACAUCAGAUACAAGAGGACUUGUUUAACCACCAGUCCUUCACUUCUCUCCUUUUAGGUUCAAGCAUUAACUCCGAAGCUUAUUGCUACUUGACUGUGGCCUUGGGUUCAGUUAGAAGAGAAUUCCUCUGAUGAAAACUGCCCUUAUAGCCGUUGUGAAGCCAAAGCCUUCAGUUGUUAAUGCUUUGUUUACAUCUAAACUUUAGAACGCAUCUCAAGCUACUUCAAUUUUAGCCAUUAAAGAAUGUUUAUUAAAACCUAAA